GGUGGCCGAGGACCUGGGAUUGUCACCUGAGCGAGGCCAAAAGAGACUGCCCGCCUUUCAAGGAUCGUCUUCCUCCGGUUCCGAAGCCUCUCGGCGCCCGCCUGUGGCCCUUGCCCUUUGACCCCGUGGCGGCGGGGUGAGAGGUCGGGUGGCCAUCUUGUGGCGGCGGCGCGGGCGGCUGUUACUGCGGAGACCUGUCCCCUCCCCCAGCCUGAUACCCCUAGCUGUCUGUCAGUCGGCGGCGAGCUCUGCAGCCUGUCAGGGGAGGCCUGGGCCGAGUGCGCUCGCUCUCCCCGUCUCACCGGGCGGCCCAGGCCGCUCCUCGCCGUCGCCACCAUGUCCUCCUUCUCAGAGUCGGCGUUGGAAAAGAAGCUUUCGGAGCUGAGCAACUCUCAGCAGAGCGUGCAGACCCUGUCCCUGUGGCUCAUCCACCACCGCAAGCACGCAGGACCCAUCGUCUCCGUGUGGCACCGCGAGCUCCGCAAAGCCAAAUCAAAUAGGAAGCUUACUUUUCUGUACUUAGCAAAUGAUGUCAUCCAAAACAGUAAAAGGAAAGGACCUGAGUUCACGAGAGAGUUUGAAUCUGUCCUUGUGGAUGCUUUUUCUCACGUUGCCAGAGAGGCAGAUGAAGGCUGUAAAAAACCUUUAGAAAGAUUGCUGAACAUCUGGCAAGAACGAAGUGUGUAUGGCGGCGAGUUCAUACAGCAGCUGAAGCUGUCUAUGGAGGACUCCAAGAGCCCUCCCCCCAAAGCAACAGAAGAGAAGAAGUCUCUGAAACGAACUUUUCAGCAGAUACAAGAGGAGGAGGAUGAUGACUACCCCGGAAGUUACUCUCCCCAAGAUCCUUCUGCAGGCCCCCUGUUGACUGAGGAGCUAAUCAAAGCGUUACAGGAUCUGGAAAAUGCUGCAUCGGGAGAUGCUACUGUUCGGCAGAAGAUUGCUUCCCUGCCCCAGGAAGUGCAGGAUGUGUCGCUACUGGAAAAAAUAACAGACAAAGAGGCAGCUGAACGUCUUUCAAAAACGGUAGAUGAAGCAUGUCUGUUACUAGCGGAAUAUAACGGGCGCCUGGCAGCGGAACUGGAAGACCGGCGCCAGCUGGCUCGGAUGCUGGUGGAGUACACCCAGAACCAGAAAGAGGUUUUGUCAGAAAAAGAGAAAAAGCUAGAAGAGUAUAAACAGAAGCUUGCACGAGUAACCCAGGUCCGCAAGGAACUCAAGUCCCACAUUCAGAGUUUGCCGGACCUCUCACUGCUGCCCAACGUAACAGGGGGCUUGGCACCUCUGCCUUCUGCUGGUGACCUCUUCUCAACUGACUAGGACAGGUAUCACGCUCCAGGGUCCCAUGUGUGCCAGAGAAAAGAAGCAAGUCACUGUUGGACACAGCCUUCUGGCCCUGGCUCCACCUCUUCAGCCAGCAUUCGCCUCAGGAAUGAAGCAGGGGACUGUGACUCAUUCUCCAGCUCCUCCUGAGCACAGUUAAGAGCCGUGCAGUUGGACUCAAAGUUGGACUCAGUUUUGACUCGUAUUUGCUAAGAGUACUGACUCUUCCCCCAACUCAUGUUCUCGUGCCCUGUUGCUUUUCCAUUCUUAGCACUCUCUUACUCCCGUAAGCCAUGAAAAUCAUGUGUAUUUCUGGAAGCUUUCAAAAGAAUCUUUCCCCAAGUGACAACACAUGUCAUAGAAGUAACCCCUUUCUGAGCUAGGCUUGACCAUGUUCAGAACAGGCUCCCAGUGAGGGACUCAGGCUGCAGGCAUUGGCUCUCCUGGCUACCAUCUGCCCACAAGGUUGGCAGCGCAGCCAAUAGACAGUUCGCUACAAGAAGUUUGCCAAAUUGUUGACCCUUCCUGGCCAUUACUUCUACUAGAGAGGUAUGGUCAAGGUUAGGUGUGUUUGUUUUUCAAGCAAUCUAGAGAAUCUAGUAGUAAGAUUCAAAGCUGAUCUGGGACGUAAAGUCACAAGUCAGUUGCCUGGUUUCUCCCCUCAGCCUUCCCAUGCCACACAUCUCAAGGGUCCCUGGUAUCAGCACCUCCCUAAAUUAGGACCCUCUGCCCCCUGGUGCUGUGAAGAUAGCUGUUCUGGGUGUCAUGCCUCGGGCGGAGGAUGCUCCACAGGUUGUACCUGGGCUUUUGUUGUUGCUGUUACCCUUCCUUUGGGGACUGGAGUAUACGCCAACUCCACCACGUGGGCGUCCAUCCACAGUGCGGUGACUAAACCUGAGCAGCUCUGCAGAUAGGACACUGAGCACGCCAGGCAGUUCAUGCUGCUCUGUGCUUCCAUGUUCCCGUGCAAGGAAAGGAGUCUUUAUACAAACAGCUCACCUCCAGCAGAGGAAGGGGAUGUAGGGAGACUAAUUUGGGGUUUUAAUUCCAUUAUCAUGCCAGCCGACAUUGUGACUGAAUGAUGUAAUGAGGAUUUUUAUCUUAUGUCUAGUAAAGAUAGGGCUUGAACCUGAAAAAAUCUUUCUAAUUUGGCAGGCUUAUUUUUGACAUUGGAAAGGCAAAAAUCAUUUUGCCCUGGUAGUAUAAUAGGAAUUAGAGCCCGAAGCUGAAGUCCAAAAUCCAUAAGAAGGAAUUCAGUGAAGGGGCCUGAGAAGCUUCGUUAUUUUGAGUUGCUGUUUUUAGGAUCACCAAAAAAAGCACACGUCGUUUUACAUGUUAAAGCAAACCUGUGUGUCACCAAGUGGGCAGCCCUCAGUGUGGUAGUGGUGGUGCCCAGUUCCAGUUAGAGCUGUCGUUCUCACCGAGCGCAUGCUGCUGUUGGCUGUUCACUCUACCCAUGGUUGUGUCAACAUUGUCCCCAGAGGCUACAGUAGGUGUUUGCCGGCCUCAGACCAAAGGACUGUAGCAGCUCUGCUCUGAUCACUAGGAGAAAAUAGGACAACAUCACAUAUCUGACCGGCAAUCAGUGCAUAAUUCUUACAGCAAGAUAAAGAAAUGAACCUGUAGUGAUUAUGUAAGUGAAUGUGUUGGCCUCUUAACCCCUGUUAAUAGCAGACUUCUGGUGAGGAAGUUGGUUUUGUUUUAAUGAAAUGCUUCGGUUUUAAUCUUCCUUGUCGUACCCCCACUCCCACCACCAGUCUCCCAACCGUGUGCUUACUCCCCUUGUUUAAUUUAAUGGAACGUCUUGUCGCUGAGAGUUGAUCUAGCAGGUGGGGUGGGUGACUUAUACUUUUGUGUUUAUUUAGGGCAUCCAUAGGCCUAAGGUUCUUCCCUUUAGGGUCGUAUUCCUCAGAAAGUCUUCAUUCUUUUUUUGUUUUUGUUUUGUUUUUCUUAAAGGAUAUUUUUAAAGCUUAAAUUUGUAUAUUAAUUUAGGACUUUAUUUAGAAGUAUAGGCUGCCAUCGGCGGCAGCAGUAUAUUCUGAGAUGUCUCAUAGAUAUAUAUUUUUGAAUAAAGAUGGUGUUGUUGAACAACA